AUGCCUAUGCCGGAUAGUACAAUUGAUGUCCUUAUCAUCGGAGCUGGCCCAUCAGGGCUCGCUGCGGCAUUAUGGCUGGCGCAAUUGGAUGUGCCUUUCAGAAUCAUCGACAAACGCGAAGAUCAGCCCCGUGUGGGCCAAGCAGAUGGUCUGAAUCCAAAGACGAUGGAGAUCUUUGAACGUUUUGAGAUUCAUGACCAGGUGACCAAACUCUGGGAGCCGGCAACAGAUGAGACACUCUGGUAUCGAGAUGACAACGGGCAGCUGCGAAGGAUAGAACGAUAUCGGAAUGUUCCCCCACCUGGAGUGCGAUGGACGCAUGGAACGUUACAGCAGGGUCGGGUCGAGGAGAUCAUGAAGAAGCGAGUUUUCGAGCUCUCCGGUGUUGCCGUCGAGUAUCAUACCUGUCUCGUUAACUUGACUGUCGACACAUCACAACUUGACAUACCCGAGGCCCACCCGUGUACGGUGCUCGUUGAGCGGCCGCAGGGCCAGAAUGAGCAGAUUCAUGCACGAUACGUCAUUGGCGCGGAUGGAGGCAAAUCACAGACUCGUCAACUGCUUGGUUUCGACAUGCAAGGCAACAAGGGCUCGUCGAUAUGGGGCGUCAUGGACUUUUCGGGCGGAUCGAAUUUCCCAGACUUCGGAACAACGUCGAUCAUCCGCAACGACAUCGACGGCUCGGUGGAUUUUGUUCGUCGGGAGGAAGACUUGGUGCGAAUGUAUGUUGAACUCAACAAGGGGCCGGAAGGCGAACACAUCACCCGCGAUGUCAUCACCCCCGAACUCAUUAUCAAGAAAUGCCAGUACUUACUUCGGCCGUUCAAGCUCGAUGUGCGCCACUGGGUUUGGUGGUCCGCAUUCACAGCAACCCAGCGGCUUAGUAGUGCAUUAAGUGCACACCAGCGUGUAUUCCUCGUUGGCGAUGCCGUGCAUACGCACUCGCCUGUUACAGGAAUGGGUAUGAAUACGAGCAUUCAGGACUCGUACAAUCUCGGGUGGAAGCUUGCUGGUGUCAUCAAAGGGCAGCUGACUCCACGCAUUCUCAAGACAUACAGCACUGAGCGAGGGCCUGUGGCUCAUCAGUUACUCGAGGCAGACCGAACAGCCUUGGAGCUCUUUAGCACCCCAUUCGGCAAUGAAACACCCGCCCUUCUACAGAGAAUGGAACAAAUGCGCAUCUUUCUUGGAGGCCGCAGAAUCCGGUAUGACGAUCCCCUCCUGACAUGGCUGCCAGUGCAAGAAAUGGGUAUUUUCAAACCCGGGGAAUGUCUGCCUGAAAUGCUUGUUACCAAUCACGCAACUGGGAGAUCCGUAUCCUUGCACAAUGUGCUCCAAACUAACGGGAGUUGGUGUCUCAUCGUCUUUGGCGGGGACGUGUCGCACGGAGGCCAGAUGCAGAGAGUUCAAAUCAUCGGGUCACAACUGAAAGUCCUCCAGGAAAAGUGUCGGGGCUCCGGUCGUAGCUUUCUGAACACGGUUUUUGUGCAUUGUGCUCCAUGGACUGCGGUGGAACUCGCAGAUUUCCCUGCAAUUUUCUUCCCCCCGCACGAAGAAACUGGAAGAGAUUACCGAAAGAUCUUCAUUGACGAAGGAACCAUGUAUGAUGAGGCCGGUGUAGAUCGGAGCAGCGGUGGACUCGUCCUAGUGCGGCCGGAUCAGCACAUAGUUUGGAUAGCGGGCUUGGACGAUUUCAAAGGCCUGGAGCGAAACCUCUCCCAUGUCUUCCAGAUUGGACUGGAUGGUUGA